AUCAAACACUUGUAAACAUAUGUCGGCCAGCAACUGCCAUAAUUAUAAAAUUAGUCACUGCAGAUAAAAGUUCCACUACUUCACCAAUAAGGUCUUAUGGAUUUGAUGUAUUGCAUGAAGCGAUAUUACUUCAACCUAAUUUUCUACCUACUCUAGUGCAACGCUUUGCUUCUGCUGACUAUGUGUUACGCUCAAAUAGUUUAUGUUUGAUUAAUGCACUUAUGAGGCAUGUUACAGAUCAGUAUUGGGAAUCAUUUAUGAACAUGUUGGAUAAGUUGAAUGUUAGAAAAGCUGUUGUGCUUUUGAUGAAUGGAGUUCAUGGGGAAGAAUUAUCAAAACAUUUGUUAGAAUUUCAAUCGUUAUUUGUUCGGCAAGCAUAUAGAUGGAAAAGGACACAAGUAUCAUUACAUAUUCCGUCACAUAAAAUUAUGCUAGAAGAAAUUUGGAAGUCUGCAAAUUUACCUGAAGAAGGUGGUAAAUGGAGAAAAGUCGGAUUUGCGACGGAAGCGCCAAAAUGGGAAAUUCAACGUGUUGGAUAUUUAGGACUUGAUAAUAUGCAUGGGUUUAUGAAGAAAAAUCCAGAAGAAUAUCAAAAGACAAUACUAGAACAAAUCAAUCGACCUGCUGAACGUCGAUGCCCGUUUGCGAAGACAUCCAUCGAAGUUACGGAGUUGCUAUGUGAUUAUUGGGACGUUAGUACAGGAUAUACGACAUCAACGUCAUUUCAGCCUUUGUUGUUAUCGUUUAAUAAAAUUCACUAUAUAACUGUAAAGGCAUUUUUCCGAUUAUGGAACGAUAUGGAAGCGACUGUUGAUGAUUUUCCCAAGGACAUGUUGGAAGUUGAAUAUAAAGUUAUUAGAGAUAGGCAAUUAAAAGAAUUAGAACUCGGUGAUGAUCUAUUAAGUAAAACGCCUGUCAGAAAUCUACGAGAACAAUUAUAUACAGAAUCUUAUGAAUUCGUUAAGCAACAACGUAUUAAAUGUCUGCUACUCGGUGAUUGGUUCCCGUUAAUAACACCAGCAAGUCUUUCAACAAAUCAACAAAACUUAGGUAGAAGAUCUAUUUACAAUAAAAAAUGGAGAUUUUAUAGGCUUAGUCCAAAUUUAAAAUCUCUUCAUUAUAGUGAUUUUUCAGAGAAAACUUUUAUAAGAGAUGGUGUUGAAGA